UCUACUUGCUCUGCCUCCUCGGAGGCCUCCUGCCGUUUGCGCGCGUUUCCUACGCCGCCGGCAGCGGGCCAUCCGUCCCAGGCUCCCCAAGCCUCGUCGUCUACCGCCCCAAGUUCGUGGAAAGAAGCACGCAGGAUGGCGCGUUCGUUAUUUCUAGUAAGCUAUUAGGAUUUUUUUCCAUAGGGUGCUCAAUAAUUAGAGUGUUUAGUCGUAAAUUUAUGCGCAUGCACACUUUCCCAACGUAGCUGGCCAGGAGGCGGAGUUGUUGUUGUAUGGGGAGAACUUUACGAAUGAGACAACGCUGUGGCUGACAAACAAGUUGUCUUGUUUUGAAGGUGAGCCCGGCGGAGAGCUCCACAGUCUUGGACAACUCCACGUCUCCAGUGAGGACGGGAAGCGAGCCAAAAUCACAUUCCCGGCGUUGAAUAUUUUGGGAGAGUACCACUUCUGUCUCUCGGACAUCGAAGCCAGCCAGUCUGCAGUGCUGCAGGGGAACGGGGAGGACCCUACCCUCAAGCUAGUUAUUGCAGACGGCGGUUCGUCGAGCGAGUCCCCUCUUCUUCCACUUCCAGCCAACAUAGUCCUCCUCCUAGUCCUCAUCCUCCUCUCGGGGACCUUCUCCGGUCUGAACCUGGGUCUUAUGUCCCUCGACCCCACCACCCUCAAACUGGUCAUGGAGAGUGGGUCCGGGCGACAGAAGAUCUACGCCAAACUCAUCUACCGCGUGAGGCGAUACGGAAACUACCUCCUCUGUACCCUGCUCCUGGGUAAUGUGCUCGUCAACAACACCCUCACUAUUCUCUUAGACAGUGUCCUCGGGAGUGGAUUGUACGCCGUCAUCGCCUCGACGGUGGCCAUUGUCAUCUUUGGCGAGAUCGUCCCGCAAGCCAUCUGCUCCCGACAUGCCCUGACAAUCGGAGCCUACACCAUAUGGCUCACGUACAUCUUUAUGGCCCUCACCUUCCCCCUCUCCUUCCCCAUCAGUCUCAUACUUCACUUCAUCCUCGGGAAAGAAAUCGGGGCCGUGUACACACGCAAUGAGCUUCUAGGCCUCCUGAAAGUGACGGAAGACCACCACGGGAUUGGUAAAGACGAGGUCCAGAUUAUCUCUGGGGCUCUCAAGUUCAAAGAGAAGACGGCAGAGGACGUCAUGACCAACUUUGAGUACGUCUACUGUCUGGACAUACAGAGUGUCCUGGAUUUCAGGACCAUACGUGAGAUCUACGACUCUGGAUUCAGUAGAAUACCAGUCUACGAGGAAACCAAGUCUAACAUAGUGGGUGUGCUCUAUGCAAAGGAUCUUGCGUUUGUUGACCCGGACGAUGAGAUGCCGCUCAAGCAGGUGCUGAAUUUCUACAAUCGAGAGUUGACGUCGGUCUACAACGACACCAAGCUGGACGAGCUGCUGGAGCAGUUUGCUGGCGGGCAGUGCCACCUGGCCGUUGUCAACAUUGUGGUACAGGAGGGCUCUGGGGACCCUCAGCUCCAGGUGGUCGGUGUAGUGACACUUGAAGACAUAGUGGAGGAGAUUCUGCAGCUGGAGAUUGUCGAUGAGACUGACCGAAUCAUGGACAAUCGUAGUCAGAAGCCGCGACAGAGGAACCAGGUGGACGUUGGGGGGUUCAUGGGGGAUUCCCCUCGAGACAGACCUCACAUGUCAUCCCAGCAGAGACUGGCCGUCUACCAGUUCCUCUCCAGCAGUGUCGAAGCAUUCAAGAGUGGGAAGAUAUUGCCAGGGAUCCUGCGACGGCUCUUGCUCCAGGACGUGGUGCGGCAGUACACGCAGGAGGAGAUUCAGGCUCGCAACGUGACCCUCUAUCGAAUCAACAUCCCCACCUCCUCGUUCACCCUCGUCCUUGAGGGACACGUUGAGGUCGAGGUCGGGAAGGAAGGCAUGAAAUUCGAAGCCGGUCCCUUCCACCAUUUUGGAGUGCAGGCUCUUGAACUUGCCGACAGCGGUAGUGGAGACUACGUCCCGGAUUUCACGGUGCGUCCCGUUUCAGACUGCGUUCUCCUGAUGAUAUCCUGCAAUCAGUACCUGGACGCUCGCAAGGCGACCAAGUUUCAGAAGACCAAAGACCAGGAGAGCCCGGCGGCAAGUCUGUUUUCCAACCAUACGUCGCCGCUGAGUUCGAGAGUGGAAGGGAGCGUGUCAGCCCCGGGGAAGUUGGUAAACGGUCGAGCCAGUCGCUCGGGCACCAGCGUCAAGUCAGUGCCCAAGAGACUGCGAAUGGGAGGUCGACAGAGCGACAGGGAAGAAUCUCACCGUCUCCUGCUGGAGGAAGACGAAGAGGACGAACAGGUGCUACCCAGUGCUCUGAUGUCUCCCAGCAGUAGCGAUGGUGGGUCCUCUGCCAGAGUCACGGUGGUAGAGGUGGAAAUGUAUGGUGUGGAUGGUGGGAGAGCUGAGGACAGCUCAACUGAACCUCUACCAGACGAAACUCCUCACAGCGCUGCCGACUACACCCCGCUCUAAACACUUGGUUGGUCUCUUAACACAGACAUUGGGUUAUUUCUACUGCUUAUAAUCAAUCGGCAUUUGUUAUCAAUUUUCAUCAUCAGGUAUCUAUACUUAGUCAACUGUUUUGUGUUCAGUUUUUGUAUUCUUUCCUUAUCCUUGUGAUCAAGAGUUGUAAAAUUUUUAUCUCACAAAUCAUUCUUAUAUAUAACCUCUAAUUAUGAUAAUAUAAAAAAAAAAUGCUAAAAAUACCCAUGAAAAGAAUCUAGAAUACCAAAUUUUAUGGUGAGUAUAUACUAGCAUUUUUUCAUUUCUUUGCGAAUUUCCUCUUCUGUUUGACGAGGACGCGGGACACAAACUCAGAGGAAGUGGCUGCACUCUGCACCAUGCCAUAGUUCAUGCCAGGAGAGGCAGUUUCAACUUCACUGAACAUGUCCAUGGUGGUCUUGGAGGCUCCC